AUGUCAGAUGACCAAGAAAUGACUGUUAAUGUGACCACUGUUCCUAAGCAGGACAAGGCACCGAAAUACAUGUACCCCUACAAACCACUUACGACCCAGGCCACCACCUACAGAGGCUAUCCGGUGAAGGGUUCGAAGGCAUUCAAGGGUGCUUGGAAGGUCCAGAUAGUGAGCCCGCAGUGCCGCUCGCCGCCGGAGCCCUUACCGCAGUUCCCACAACAGGAAAUUUUGAAGAGGAACAUCCGGGGUAAUUAUGAAGGCGCGGGCAGCAUGAAGUUAUCACCAUCUGAGACGGCCAACAAUAGUGGAGAAGCAUACCUGCCGGUUGGUCAGGAGUCACCUUCGUCGGAAUUCUUCUAUACAGCUGGGUACGAAACUAACAGCGCAAUCAAAUUGAAGAAACAAGUCCAAGGAUCCAUCUACAGAAGCUUCGUCGCUGGCCAACCUGUGCCAGUCAAAAUCCUUAAAGAUGAUGAGGACGAGAAGAAACAGCAGCAAUGA